AUGAACCCUCAUCAGCAAAACAAAAUUGACAUCAACUCGCUGAGCCCGGACGAGCAACGACUAUUCCGGCUCUAUGGCAAAAUGCCUACCAAGAAAGAUCUGCUGCAGAACAAGCUGAAAAACAGCAACAUCCCCAGCCCCUUCGGCAACGGCCAACACUCCAGCCUCCAGCCUCAUGGAGUCUCAAAUAAUAGUUUUCACACCAGCGUCAGCCGAAGUCCCAUCAAAGAGAGCAGCUUCCUGAACCGCGAAACUAGCUUCGACGACGAACCGGAGCAGCAGAAAACGGGGGCGACGCCCCCAUCGCCGGAUACGAAGAAGGGCACAACUAUUUCUACAACUGCUAAAGGACAAGAGGGGAGUGCGGGUACUAGUCCGCCAUGGAAUAAAGAGGGACUUCCGAUACGACGAUGA